CUAAAUAAUGAAGAGGGAGAAGAUCGAAGCUCCGGUGAGUGUCGGCGGAUGGGUCCCAGAGGGCGGCAGAGCGGCACAGCUGAUGCCCCGGAGCGCGUCGUGUCGGGCGGCAGGGCAGCGCUGCUCCCUCCCCCUGGAGGAGGGCCGAUCCCCCGCACUCGAGCUGCUCUGACUGCCUCUCUCACACUCACAGUGCUGGAGGUCUCCAAACACGCACAUGCAAAUCCAUGCAGGCGUUCAGUUUGGGAGAAAAAAACUGGAGAGAAAAUAUCCCGAGAGCGCGAUUAGCAGUAGUCGAGGUCGUUCACACUUCUAGCGUGUUUAGAGUUGACUAGGUGACUUUGAGUUAGUUGUUGUUGCUGAAGAAGUGUCUGGACUGGAGCGAGUGAACGAGAACCCGCUGUUAUGAACUCUUUACACUAAUGUAAAGGUCUUGGUCUGCUGAUCCAAACUAUCCAAAUCUCCAAUGUUAGUUCUCAACCUUGGAAACCACAGGAUCAACAAGGCCCCUGCGUUCCCAGAAUCUGAGGACCCAAACCGACUCGGUUACUCUGAAAAGGCUCUGGAAACUUGAGAACGAGAAACCGGAAGGCAAUUCAUAAGGCAAAAUAGAUUUUCCAUUCCUCCAGCCUUCCGCAUCCAUAACCAGACGGAGAGCUGAAGUUAGACGGUCUGUUGAUUUUGAUGACGCGAUUGUUGGAGAAAUACGGAUAUCUGGUUGCUUGUGGUUCUCUCAGACAUCCGGCUGUCAACAGAGUGAAGUAAGCACUACCGUAAGAGAGGAUUCUGGGAUAGGUUCAUGCCGCGGUUGCGCCGCUGUAUGGAGGUGUGAGGGAGGAGCGGGACUCUUGUGGGACGCUGGGGGAGUUCAGGCUGGUGGGGAUCAUGGGAAAAGAGCAGGAUCUUCUGCAAGCGGUGAAGAAUGGAGAUCUAGCUACUACACAGAAACUGCUGGCCAAGGUCAAAGCCAGCAAAAGCAAGUUACUGGGCUCCACCAAGAGGCUGAACAUCAACUAUCAGGAUCCAGACGGGUUUUCAGCAUUGCAUCAUGCUGCUCUCACAGGCACUACGGAGUUGCUCUCCUUGCUGUUGGAGGCUCAGGCCGUGGUGGACAUCAAGGAUAGCAACGGGAUGCGGCCGCUGCAUUACGCAGCAUGGCAGGGGAAAGCUGACUCGGUGCUCAUGCUCCUGAGAUCAGGGGCCGCGGUUAACAGCGCGUCUCACGACGGGCAGAUCCCACUGCAUCUGGCCGCUCAGUACGGACACUAUGAGGUGUCUGAGAUGUUGUUGCAGCACCAGUCGAACCCGUGCGUGCUAAACAAGCCUAAGAAGACCCCUCUGGAUCUGGCCUGCGAGUUUGGCCGGGUGAAGGUGGCUCAGCUGUUGUUGAGCAGUAAUAUGGUUGCGUCUCUAUUAGAGGGGAAUCGGAAAGACGCUUCGGACUCGAACUGUAACACUCCUCUACAUCUCGCCGCACGCAACGGACACAAAGAUGUCAUCUGGCUUCUCCUGAAAGCCGGCAUUGACAUCAACAGAACCACUAAAGCUGGAACAGCGCUCCACGAGGCGGCCCUCUAUGGGAAGACAGAGGUAGUGCGGCUUCUCCUGGACGCCGGGAUUGAUGUAAAUAUCCGCAACACUUACAAUCAAACAGCCCUGGAUAUCGUCAACCAGUUCACGGCGUGCCACGCCAGCAAAGACAUCAAGCAGCUCUUACGAGAAGCUACAGGAGUUCUUCAGGUCCGAGCUCUGAAAGACUUCUGGAACCUGCACGACCCCACGGCCCUCACCAUACGCGCCGGCGACGUCAUCACGGUGAUCGAACAGCAUGUGGACGGACGCUGGAAGGGCCACAUUCAUGACACCCAGAGAGGAACGGACCGAAUCGGCUACUUCCCCCCCUCUAUAGUGGAGGUCAUCAGCCGACGCUCAGGGGGCACCCUGUUACGACACGCCUCUCUGCCCUCCCAGAGGCAGCAGCUGCUCUCCAGGUCCGCCCUCAGUCCCAGCUUGAGUCUGAGCGGGGGCGGGACCCUUCAAACCGACGACUCCUACAGUCCGUACACCCCUAACCCACACCUGGUCCUCCCCCACACCAACGGUCUGAGCACCAACCCAGGUGGGCCUCCCGGCGGUCUGUCCCAGCACAUAAGCCCCAGCAUGGAGGACGUGUGGGUUUUGCGGAACUCCUGCGCUGCGGGGGACAGGAACAGUGUGGGCAGCACUGGCAGUGUGGGUAGCACCCGUAGCGCAGGCAGUGGCCAGAGCACAGAAAGCAACAGCGCCCCCAACGGACCACAGCAACACCAAAACGUCACCAACCCUGACACCAGCAAGGCGGCGCCCUCUGCUGUGGAUUUACUACAGCCAGACCAAAACAAACAUCCUGACGCAUCCACAGGAGUUCCUCGCAGACCUGUGCUGCCCACACAGAGGCCAGGAGAGCAGGGUUUCUCUCAACAGUUUGUGCGUCCUCAUCAGCUGCUGGAGGGAAAGGACGCAGAGGCUAUAUAUCAGUGGCUGAGUGAGUUUCAGUUGGAGCAGUACACUACAAACUUCCUCAACGCGGGCUAUGAUGUCCCUACAAUCAGCAGAAUGACCC